UUUUAUUAUACACACAAAAAUCCCCUGUUGACAAUGUUACAUGUACAGUACCAAAAAGAAUGAUGAAAUUAUGAUUAGAUAUUAGGAGUUAAGGAAGGAUAUUAAAACCACCCACAAUGCCAGUGUGUGAAAAGAUCAAAUCGAUUGUGUGCACACCAACACAUAAAUGUUGUGAAAUAUUAUGUACAAAAUGUAAAACACUAUCACAUACAUCAUCUAAAAGUGUAAACAUCAAGACCAACGGACAACAAUCCAAAACAAAAAUUUUAUUCGAGAAGAUUCAACCGAAGAAAUUUUGUGGUACGAAGGAAAACAGGGAGGAAAACGUAUCCUCGAGGAAGCCCACAAGGAGGGAUUUAAGUCAUGUUAGGCCAAAAGUGUCCAAAGAAGAAUCGUCCGACAGCGAUAGCAGUGGUGAAGAACCAGUUGAACCAAAAUGGAAAACUAGAAAGCCUUCGUUUUUCCCUCAACAUAAACCUUCAAAAAAGUCCGAUCAAAAUACACCUAAUGAAGAAACUGCAAAAAGUAAACGGGCACCUAAAGGUUCAAAAGUAUCCAAUCAAAAUACAACUGAUUCCCCAGCAAAAAGUAAACGUACCCGUUCGACAUUGUCCAAUAAAAAUCUUCGCGAUAAAGACCCUGUAAAAGGUAAAUGGGCAAACAAAAACAAAGAGGUUUACUCAGCUUUAACAUCAAACCCUACAUCUUCACAAUACUGGGUACAGUCGAACCUACAAUACAUCAUUGUGCUCCCGAUGGUGAGUCAACGACGUAAUUCACCGAAAAUAUCUCCACCCCCUCCGUCUCCGCCCGAUGACGACUUGGACGACUCGGAAGAGGAAAAACCGAAAUCUCAAGAAUCAAGUGAAUCUGAAGAUUCUUCAAUACUUCCAGCGAUUGAAAAACCAAAAUCUAAAGAAUCAAGUGAAUCUGAAGAUUCUUCAAAACUUCCAGCGAUUGAAAAACCGAAAUCUCAAGAAUCAAGUGAAUCUGAAGAUUCUUCAAAACUUCCAGCGAUUGAAAAACCGAAAUCUCAAGAAUCAAGUGAAUCUGCAGAUUCUUCAAAAGAUAAAAGUGAUAAAAGUAGCGAAAGUAAAUUGUCUUUCGAACCAAGAUCAAACGCCCAACUCCCUAUGCCCCAGAAGACGAAAGGAUUUUGCUGCGUCAAAAAACAAAAUAGUGGAUGAACUUAGUGUUGAUAAUGUUUUCUAUUGUAUUACUUGGCUUAUAAGAAGAGAUUUUGUAUUAAGAGACCCACUUAUAUACUGGUUGAUUAAAUUUG